CCCUGUCUCCGAUUGGUCGUGCCUCGUGUCAAUCAUCAGCCACAAGAUGGCGUUGUUGCCUUGUAUCGUAAAAGGGCUCAGCUCGGGUCACGUGACCGCCCCUAUAUCAACACACGGAGCGCCAUUAGUGAUGAAAAGAGACGGGGAAUCUGAGUGCUCCUCAACGAUGGAUUCAAAGCCUCGCCGGCUGCCUUUCACCGUCUCCAGCUCCUCUUCUCUCUCCACGCCCUCGUCCUUCUCAUCCUCGUCUGCUCUUAGCGCCGGCCGGCUCUAUGGCAGAGGGAGCGAUCGCUUCACCCGGGGUGCUGUGGUGAAGCUAGACUCGGACUACCAGAGCCCCUGUAUUCCGGGAUCCAGCAGGGAUUACAGCUCGUCAGAAAGCUGCCACUCCAGAUGGAAGAUGUCCACGUCCCUCUCGUCCUCUUCCUCCACCUCUUCAUCUAUGCUGUGCGAGCGCCCGUGGAUGGAGUCGUCUUACGGAGGAAGAAGUAAACAUGUCGAGCCUGGGAGAGGAUUAGGUUCGUACUCCAGUCUCCUCAGUUCGACUCAAGACGACGAAUCCAAAAGAGCCAAGCUGUCGUACAUGAGUAGAUCGGUGUACAGCAGAACCCCGUCUACAUCCACAGCCAGUAGCACCUACUCUAACAUGGGAGGCAUGUCAGAUUCUUUGUGGACCUCCAGCCUUAGCCCUUUGUCUCGGUCGUCCUCGUCCUCCUCAUCUUCGUCAGACGAUCUGUGGGCUCGUAGAGACGUGGAGAAGAGAACGGACUCGGGCCUGUCUGGUCUGGGAGAGGCCAGUUACCGGCCCACAGCGCUGACCUCGUCACUGUAUCGCUCAGACCGUGUGACCUCCACCUACGCACAGGGAGCUCGACCCAAAGAGAGCCUGUACUCCUCGUCCCGCAGGGAGAACAGCACCCCUUCCAGCCGCCGUCUUUCUUCCGACUUUGUCCCGUCUGCGCAAAGGCUGGUUUCUGACUACCAGCCGAGUCCACGUCUGUCCAGAGACUCGACGCGAAACUCCACCACCCUCUCUGACCCGUUCUCCCUCUCCUCCUGGAACUCACCCCCUUACACGCCUUUAUCUGCACGCAGCUCAAGCCCGCCCCUGUCUAACCCUGCUCCUGUGCCAAACCCCACCGCAGAGGGCAGCGACUCCGACAGCAGAAGCACGACCCGCCGUCUGUUGUCCCGCCUUUUUUCUAGACGCUCCAGCCAGGAGUCGAGCUCCGCCUCCGGUUCCAAUUCAGCCUCGAGGUCCUUUGACUCUGGGCCUGAGGAGGCACUCCCAUGUGAACCCCCACUAGCAUCCAGAGAGAGAGAGAACUCCGAGACGGAGCUGAGGAGUUCCUGGCUCAGCUGGAACCGCUGCAACCCACUGUUCUCCCGCCGCAGGAGAGAGGGACGAGACGAGACGGCUCGCAUGGACGCCCACUCGUCUGUGCCUGUCCCCCUUAGCAGCCCUGAUGGUGGGAGUAAAACUUCCAGUCAGGAAGAAGACGUGGAGGAGGACGAAGACGAGGAAGAGGAUGAAGUGGCAGAGGGCGCGGCGGCCGCUCCUCUGACCAGAGCCUCCGGACUCUCAUCCCUCUUGCAGGAAGCCGCACGUAUCCCUGGGCGGAACCCUGGCAUCACUCGUGUGAUGACUGGACCUUUGUUCCGCAUGCCCCAGAGCGUGAUUAUAGGAUUGGAUGCCGCGGUGGAUCAGACCGAGGCGCAAGAGAAAGAGAAACCCGCACCUUCUAGAGAUCCAGAGAGACUUCGGAAGAUUCAGGAAAGCCUUCUACUGGAGGACACCGAUGAAGACGAAGGGGAUCUUUGCAAGAUCUGUCAGAUGGGGGAGACCUCGAGCUCGAACCCUCUCAUCGAGCCGUGCAGGUGUACAGGCAGCCUGCAGUACGUUCACCAGGACUGCAUCAAGAAGUGGCUCCGCUCCAAGAUCAGCUCAGGCUCGACCUUGGAAGCCAUCACUACCUGUGAGCUGUGCAAAGAGAAGCUGCACCUGAACAUUGAGAACUUUGACAUUAAUGAGCUGUACAGGUCUCAUGAGCGGUCUGAGUACGAGUUCAUCAGCUGUGGCCUUUACCUGGUGGUGCUGCUGCAUCUGUGUGAGCAGAGGUUCUCCGACGUACUGGGUGCAGUCAACGAAGCCGGGUUUUUCAACUUGGCGAGAACUCUUCACGAACACAUGGACAAUCUUGAAAACUCCUAUGCAGAAUCUGACGAAGACGACGUGCAGAAUAACCGGCCUUCCAUCGACUUCGGUGAUCUGGAAGACGAUGAAGAGGAGGAGGAGUUUUAAUUGGAACGAGGAAAAAAGGAUCCGUCUCUGGGCCCAGCGACGGUGCCAUUUAUUAAAAAAAAAAAUAAUAAUAAUACUGUCUGCAGCCCUAAAGGAGGGCUUUCACAAUAUGCAGAUACACCCGUCUCAGGGGUGUGUACGUGUGUCUCACCUCCCCUUAGGAAUUUUUGAUUAAGAAUUUUCAUGUUUCAGUUUCUUUUCUUUUUUUUUUCUCUUCUUCCUUUUUCCCUGGAUUUUGUCGAGCACAUUAUAUAAAGCUUUAUCGAGCAGGAAGCGAAAGACUUUAAGGCAUGUUUUAGGCACGAAGACGGGGCUGAGGGCAGAGCGACGGGCGACUGUGGCUGAUGGAUAGCGAGGCAAAUGUAAAGUACAAUCUAUAGGUGUUGUAUAAGGUGAUGAAUUGGAAUUUAAUAUCAAAUAUGGUUGAAAAAAUAAAUAAAAUUUUUCUUUA